CCGUUGGAUUACGCCUCCGCACUGGUGGUGGAGCAGUUGGAGGUUGGCGCGUUUGAUCGAGUACUUGAUGUCUGCGCCGCUUCUGGUAGGAAUUCGAUUGGAAUUGCGCAGUUUCUUUCCGCAGACGGGGCGCUGACGGCAAAUGAGCCAAAUCAUGAGCGUAGCGCCAGGUUACGACGCAAUAUUAGGGAGUACAUUCCGUCAAAUUAUGUUCCUGUGACCAUCACCCAACGCAAUGCUGAGACAUGGUAUGCGCCUUCAAUGUACCACCGCGUGCUCGUUGAUGCUCCGUGUUCAGCCGAGCGUUAUUUGUUGCAGCACAACGGUGGCGCUCCCGUCAGUCCCAAAAUUUGGACGGAACAGACAUCUCUGGAGUUGAGCCGCAGAGGGUGUGUUUUGCUGCUGCGAGCGCUAGAGACGUGUCGGCCAGGCGGUCGUGUUGUGUACAGCACUCGCUCCCUUUCCCCCUUGGAGAACGACGGUGUUGUGGAGGACGCACUGCGGCGAACCCGUUGCCAGGUGGAGGUGCAUCCAACAACGUUGCGUAACAUGGGUGAGAAGACACGUUACGGCCAUAUCGUUCUCCCAGACACAGCUGGGGGGUUUGGCCCACUGUUUUGUUGCGUCAUUCACAAAGUGUCUGAUAGGCGAGAGGAAGUUGACAGCAAUGAAGAGGGGGAGGAAUGUGAAUAUGAUGAUGAAAAUGGGGAUUCAUAA